CUGGCAUUUUAGUCUAUUAAAGGUUCACUGUAGUUUUCUCUUUCUUUUCUACAAGUUACUUAUUUGAUUUUUUUAUUUUUAUUAUUACUACUACUAUUUUACGUAUGAAUAGACUUGGUUACGACUUGCAUUCGCGCAUUCUAUCAAGUCUUGCAAGUGUAUUAGCUGACCCCAAAGCUAAUUCGACACAAGAAGAAGUUGAGAGACUUGUCUCAAAAUGUCCACAUGUAUCAAUUAUUCCAUUAGAAAAUACCGAAAUUAUAUCAACUUUAGAAGAAAGUAGACAAGUGUACAUGACCUACCGCUGUCAAAAUGCAUUGGACGCUUUAGCAAAGUACGUAGUUCAUGCCUGCGAACGAAUACAAAUCGAGCUCUUGCCUCUGUUGCUGAGCUAUCUGAAGACCUUACCAAGCUUUCGGUGGGAUAGUAUUCUCCUUUCUAAUGGACCAACGCCUCCUGAUAGCACUACCUUCAGUUUAGUAUCUGGUUUGCUAUGUAUUGCAGAUAAACAUUCAGAUUAUAGUGACAUAAUAUAUGAAACACUGUGGAACUAUGGAAGGUACAUCAUACAGCUAAUGGAAACAUGCAGCAAGGAAUACAUCAUCUACUUCAUUUUACCCUCGUUGGCUGGUCUUGCGCGUGCCUUACAGGUCUCGCCUUUUCUUUAUAGACCAUGUCAUCUUCAAGCUUUAUGCGACAAUAUACAACCAUUGAUAGUAGACCAAACACUAGAGGCGAUCAAUCAUGCUAUUGAUGUCUGUCUCCGAGAGCGUGACGCCAAUGACUAUAGUCGACAGGUUCUGGGGCACUAUUGGGAGAACGGAAUUCCUCUCAGUUCGAAUCGUAUUAUUCAUGAUCUACUCGUCAUUCUACGUAACGUGAUAGCUAGAGUCAUCACUGCAGCAAAGCCAGGCGAAGAUGAUCAAGAAAUGAGCACUUUAGCUUUUCAACCAGGCACAUUGCAUCUGACAAGCAAUAUUGAGUCAGCUUGGACUCAGUUGAUGAAAAAAACAGCUCACACUAUUCAAAGCUUGAAUCGUUCAGAAGGAGAACAGAAUCUAAGAAUAGAAAAGACAUUGAGAGGAAUAUACGUAAUGAGCUUGGGUUAUUUUGAUGAUAUCAGAAAAUAUGCAGAACGACGAGAGACUGAAGGAAAGACAUGGUCUCGGGAUUCUUAUAUGAAUGAAAUUAUGGGAACAAGCUUGCAAGUGGCUGCUCUAGCUUCUGUCUACAUGCAUGAAGUAGACGAUAUAUUGACAAACUAUAUCAAUGAAUGUCUUUUCAAGGGCCCAAGUUUAUCCAACGCAUGGAUUUAUAACGCAUCCUUUGAUGCAGCUGCACUAUUAGCUAUAAAUUUUCCAAAUCUCAGUAAUAAUAUGAUAAAUAUAUUUUGUCGAUUCUUGGCUACACCUUCUCUUGCACCUGACAAACCUACGACAAACUCUAGAGAGGAGACAUCGAUUCAAAAGUUUACCAUCACGCGGCUUGCCCAAUGCGUUCAGACGUUAAAUCCAGAUCACAGAUUCAAAGUGGCCAUGUCUACAAUGUAUUCCUUGUUGAAUGGGAUACCACGAUACGCUGAGGCAGAUCCAGCAGAACAUAUUCAAAGCAAUGCUAAUAAUCAGACGAAUUCUGAACAAUUGAGUGAAUCACAAAGAGAAGAGAUUUGCAUCAGUGCUCUCUCUGCUAUUGUUGGUGUAGCAGUCUAUCUACAAGACGAAGAGAUAUCACGACAAGCAUGUUCAAUGCUAGCAUCUCGUCGCAAAUCACUUUCCUAUAUUGCAAGUGCAACCCUGACCAGAAAAUUGGUUGACCUCGCCAUUGUUAGUCCCUCAAGUGUAUUUCGAGACAUCAUUAAUCUAUUUUCUGCUUUGAAUCAUGAUUAUCUAUCAAUGGAUAACAAACAAUUGACUUAUGGAGUUAUAAAUGCUCAAUUAAUCCUUGCUCAAAAGAUAGAAGCGAGACCAGAGUUAUAUGAAACUUAUUUACACAACUUGUUGACCCUCUUCGUCGAGAAUGCAAAUACUGUUCAACGCAUGAUAACAAGAAACAAAAAAGAAUCCGAAAUGCCUUGGCUCUCCAAGUUGGGCAAGCUUCUACCUGUCAUCCGAGCACUAUUGGAACAUGAUGACUUUAAUCCCCACUUGUCUCCAAGCGAAGAUAUCACGACCUUAUACCGUAACAUGUGGUUUCACUGCGUUCUGUUUGGUUUUGUUACAGAGUCUAUCUGGAUACGUGAAUGGUAUGAUUCUAUGCUUUAUAUCGCUCAAAAGACACCUGUGCUUGUGAUUGAAAGCGCCACAGACUACUUGGAAAGUGAUCUUGAGUAUAACACAAUGCUUCGUGGUGGCAACAUGGCAGAUAGAGAUAUCAGCUUGAUGAGACAAAAACUAACGACUUAUUUGCCUUCAAUGGCCUAUGACGCCAAAAAUUAUUCCUUUGCUCAAGUCGUCUUUGCACUCACCGUCUAUCACGUCGAAAUGAUGCGGAGUAAGAUGGGUGAUUGUAGCUUUAUCUUGCGUUACUUUAUGAACGACGGACUUACCAACAGUACGAUGGCAAACUGUCUAGAGACGAUUACAGAUCGUGUGAUAACUGCUUAUAUCCGUGAUGCUUCUCAAAAGGCAGCAUCUCAGGCACUUGAUGACGAGCUCCGUAGUCAAAUGAGAAAUAUACUUCAGCUUUGUUGUCAUCGUCUUGCUAAAGUUCAUGCGUUGGCUAUAAAGCUUUCCGACCGAAUCGUGACCAACUUCCCCCAAGUAUUUGUAGACAAGCAUUUGGUUACGCUCUUGCUUGAGCUGGUUCAACUGCUAUGGAGAAGCUGUGAGGCGGAAUACCGAGAAGAAUACUCCCCUAUAUUUCACUUCACUUCUGAACGUAUCAAUGUGACGAUUGAAAUUGGCGAUUCAUUUACUUACAGAAAGGAUAUCUGUUCUCAUGUUUAUGAAAAUGCUAAAAGAUGGUUAUUGACCUCGACAGAUCGAUGUCCUAUGGAAAUGAGCGGACUAUUGCAUGAUUAUCUUGUAGAAUAUGAGCGCUAUGGAUCUGGAGAGAAUAGUGACAUUACUCAUCUAGGAAGAAUACUGGCUCUUGAAGUAGGAAAGGCUGCAACCAAGAACGAAAUACCUGUCAACUUUGUACCAAAGAUACGCAAUAUACACCUGGAUAGCUCUUCUGCUUUCAUAGAUGGCGUCUCAACAAGAAGAUACUAUACAGGUGAAGUGAAAGGACUUGAUUAUGUUGCAAGUUUAUCGGAUGAUAGAGAAGAGAAACAGCAAGGCUCUACUCUUUUUGAACAAGUCCCUAUUAUGCUGUCAACAUUAGAUAGUUUGCUACAAGAGACAAAAGAUCAACACAAAAAGAUACCCAUCGAUCGUUUACGACGAACCAUGCUGCAGGCAGCCAGCUUUGUUGUUUUAUUGCCCUCAGUACACCCUGAUUUAAUACGCUAUCUUGUUAGUAUUCCCGUUCGUAUAUUCACACCCGAGUCAAUAGAAAUUGGCAUAGACGUAUGGAGUUGGUUGUUGAUUGAACGACCCGAUAUUGAAGAAUGCUUGAUGAUAGAGAUUGCAAAUAUGUGGACAUGGGCACAACGACACAGAAAGGGCUUAUUUUGUCCAAUGAUUAAUGCUAAGCAUCCGUUUAUGGGUACAAUGACAUAUGCUCCCUCUGACAAGUCCAUCAUUGAUAAGAACAAUCGUGCUGUGACACUCUUGUUUGCUCCACAUGUUGCUUGGAUCAAAUUUUUAACAGGCAGAUUCUACGCUCUCCGUCACCGUAGUAAACAGUUGACACGAAUCUUUGUCUCUCUCUUGAGUGAUACCUUCCGCAACUCUCACUUGAUGAGCACGCACCCAUUUGCUCGUCAACCCCGAUUUCGACUGCUGUAUCUUGGAAUCAAAGUGUUGCAAUCGACUCAGAUGGAAGCACUUUCAGAAUGUCAAUUUAGAGAUCUUGUCUACAAUUCUGCGUUCGAUUGGUUCUCAUCGCCGCCAAAAUGGCAUUAUGGAUCCCGCAAGAGUUUUGCACUAGCAGAACAUAAGGCACUAUCAGAUUUUUAUCAUAUACUGACAAAUGACACGCCACGUCUAGUAGAUUUGCUCACAUCUGUUACACCUUCUCCAAACAAGGGUACCAAGACGCCCGAAUAUUACACCCUUUUUAAGAAUAAGACUAAAGAAGAUAUCCUUCGUGAACAUAAAUUAGCAAAGCGUUUGCUACUACUGCUUAUGGACAGCGAGCUAUCACGGCUCUCUGUUUGGUGUAAUCCCCUGAAUGCGGUUGGGCCUGGUUAUAUUGCAAAUUAUUCUGGCAAUAUCGAAAAGUCAAUUACGACAGAUGAAGGAUGGAAGGAUAUAGUGAGAUUUGCCUGGCAAAUAUCGCCCAAGGUAGCUGUCCAAAUGGCAGCACGUUUUGCACAACCUGUUGUUCAAAGAGAGCUACACAUCUUGAUCGCGAACAAUACAAUGGAUGUCAUUGAUGUACCUGAGGCACUUGAAAUCUUGCUAGGCGAGAAAGUGCACGCUAAUUCUAAGCUUGACUUAAGAUAUUUGAAAUACUGGACCGCUGUUCCUGCUAUUACUGCUACUACUUACUUUAUGCCUGCUUUUGGAAAUCAUCCUUUCCUACUACAGUAUGCCAUGCGAACACUUGAAUACUAUCCUGUAGAUACCGUCUUUUUCUAUGUACCACAAAUAGUCCAAGCUUUGAGAUAUGAUGAAUAUGGCUACGUUGAACGGUAUAUCAUGGAAGCCGGGCAAAUUUCUCAACUGUUUGCUCAUCAAAUCAUUUGGAACAUGAGUGCCAACUUUUACGUUGAUGCUGACAAGGAUUGCACAAAGCCUGAUACUUUAAAGCCAGCACUCGAAAGAAUUAUCAGCAACUUGGUAGCUUCUUUUACUGGAGCAGAUAGAGAAUUUUAUGAACGAGAAUUCAAGUUUUUCAAAGAGAUCACUGCUAUAUCUGGCUACCUGAAAGAAUAUAUCAAAUACGGUCAAAACGAAAAGAAGCCUAUGCAAAAGAAACGCUUGGAUGAAGAGUUGGCCAAAAUCAAGGUUGAUGUCGGCGUCUACCUUCCUAGUAAUCCUGAUGGUCAUGUUGUAGACAUCAAUCGUACAUCAGGUAAACCUCUUCAAAGCCAUGCAAAGGCACCCUUUAUGGCAACCUUCAAAAUUGAAAAAGAAAAAACUGGAAAGGAUGGCUUGGAUGAAAACAUAUUUAAAAAUGACAAUGAAUACAAUGAUGAAGAGAACACAACAAUCACACUUUGGCAAAGUGCUAUUUUCAAAGUAGGCGAUGACUGCCGACAGGAUGUCUUGGCGUUACAGCUGAUUGCUGUUUUCAAAAACAUCUUUACGAGCGUUGGAUUAGACCUUUAUGUAUUUCCUUAUCGUGUGGUUGCUACGGCUCCAGGACGUGGUGUCAUUGAUGUCAUUCCAAGAUCAAUCUCUCGAGAUCAACUUGGUCGUGAAAAGGUGAAUAGUAUGUAUGACUACUUUGUAGCCAAGUACGGUGGCCCUAGUACAAUUGCAUUUCAAAGGGCACGUACAAACUUUGUUCAGAGCGCAGCAGCUUAUUCACUUAUCUCGUAUCUGCUUCAAAUCAAGGAUCGCCACAACGGUAACAUCAUGCUGGAUGAUGAUGGUCAUUUGGUACAUAUCGACUUUGGUUUUAUCUUUGAUAUUGCACCAGGUGGCAUCACGUUUGAGAGCUCACCAUUCAAGUUGACAACUGAAAUGGUUCAAUUAAUGGGUGGAAGUUCAGAACAGCAGGCAUUCAAACACUUUUCGGAACUUGUUAUCAAGGGCUAUCUAGCAUGUCGACCUUAUGCCGAUCAAAUCAUGCAUCUUGUUACUCUCAUGCUUCAGUCAGGAUUGCCUUGUUUCAAGGGUGAUACGAUUAAGCGAAUGCGUUAUAGAUUUCAAACAGACAAGUCAGAUAGAGCUGCUGCAGAUUUUAUGAUACAGAGAAUAAAGGAUUCUUUUGAAAAUCAAAGGACAGUCUUGUAUGACUACUUUCAAAAGAUCACAAAUGGCAUUCCUUAUUAAACCACUCGCUUUUAUUUAAUCAUUUGAUUGU